GAUUCUUGUUUAGAAUGUUGUCGCUUUUCUAAUUUUCUCUGCCUUGUUGUAUAAGGCAUCGUCCUCUAGGGAGGUUUUUCAUUUUCUUGAAGUGAUUCAAUUCAGACGAAAAAAAAAUUAAAUUUUCAUGAAAAUGAAAGUAAAAUCUAAGCUUUCAAUACAAACAUCAGAUCAUAAAGACAGGAUAUUUAAAGAGAGACAAUAAGAUUUGCAUGUGGUAUUGACACAUGACAUAUAUAUGUACAUAGUAUACAAUAUAAAAUGGACCAUAGUUCAAUCGAAAUGUCACUAUUAUCAUUUAGUAGCCUCUUUAUUAGGGACGUUUUAUUUGAUAUGGAGCCACCAUGUGAGUGAGGAGAGAGCUGCUCUAAAACCUCUGAAACCAUUCUUUUCAUCUUUUAUCUCUCUUGUCAUCUAAAUUUCACUUUUAACACUGCAGAGACUUAACUCCAUCACAUGAGAGAGAGACAAGCUCUUCUGUUCAUUUAUAAAGAGACACACCAAAUCUUAAAUACUAAUUUUGAGGUUUGAUUUUGAGUUUUCCUCUUCUUCUCAAGACCAAGAAAUGUAUAAGAAUCAGUUGCAAGAGCUAGCACAGAGAAGCUGUUUCAACCUCCCAUCAUAUACUUGCACAAGAGAAGGACCAGACCAUGCUCCAAGGUUCAAAGCUUGUGUAAACUUCAACAGUGAAAUGUUUGAAAGCCCCACUUAUUGUUCUACACUCAGACAAGCUGAGCACUCAGCUGCUGAAGUUGCUCUCAUUGCUCUCUCUUCAAAGGGUCCUUCAAAGUCUCUAACUGCUAGAGUUCUUGAUGAGACUGGGAUCUACAAGAACCUGCUUCAAGAGACAGCGCAUAGAGCUGGUCUUGAUCUACCGGUUUACACAAGUGUGAGAUCAGGACCAGGUCACAUCCCAACGUUCUCUUGCACUGUGGAGCUUGCUGGAAUGAGUUUUAUUGGAGAAUCAGCAAAGACUAAGAAGCAAGCUGAGAAGAAUGCUGCUAUUGCAGCUUGGUUCUCCUUGAGAAGAAGUGAACUAAUAUACUCAAAAACUUUUUUUAAAAUCAAUUUGAUAAUUAAUAAAUAUUCAAUGUUGUUAAUGUCUAUCCACACAGUGCCAAGCUUGGACUCUCUGGUGGAGAAGAGAGGUGAAGGAGAGAAAGAAAGAGAGGUGGUUGCAAGAGUCCUCUCAAGGUUUAGACCCAAAGAAGUGAGAAGAAGAGAACAACAUCACUCAAGAAGAAGAGCAAUCCGACAAGAAACGACAACCACGAGAGAGUUUUUGUCUGAGAAGCUCAGAUUGAUCAAUCCGUACACCAACGUACCUUCAUCAUCAUCAUUGAAACACCACCAAACACUACCAUCAAGAUUGAAUCUCCAACAACAACAAUCCAAAGUCAAAUCAUUGCUAGAGAAGUCUCAAGGACAUGCAGGGAUAAUAUCGUCUUCAUCAAUGGAGAGAACAAACUGUUACAGCAAGCUUCUGCCAUUUCCAGAAAUGUUUGCAGGAGGAAGAGGGUUUCAGAAACUAGCUCCAGCUGUUCAUAUUAGAUCAGUGAUCCCAGUUUGUUCAGCUCCUCCACCGAAACUUAGUCCUUCUUCUGCUCCAAGCUCACUGGGAAGUGGAGACCAAGAGAAGAAGCCUCUGAGAUUAGAAUCGAACCCAUGUAUAAAGAUCGUAUCUUUAGAUCAACCCAUGUUAUGAUUAGAGAAAAUAGGUUCUGUAUGCUCGUCGUGUUCCUUGACUUUGUUUAAAAAAAAUUAACGGUCUGACUCUGACAUUCACUUCAAUGCUCUGUAUUGCACAUAGAACAGAGGAAAAAACAGAGUCAGAGAGUGAAAGAGAGAGAGCAAUAAAUGUUAGACGAAGAGAGGAUAAGAAGAUGAAACAAAAAAAAACAUUUAAUGGCAUUUGUUUUUCGCUA